CUAUAUUCAUCGUCUAAACACGAAAGAUGUGUGGAAAUGUGUAAAACCAUUUAUUUAUAGAAAAUUAUUAGCAUAUAAUAAACAGUGAAAUAUAUGACGACGUUGCAUGGAAAAUUCUUACGAUAAAGCUGGAGCGACAGAAGAGACAACAAGACGAAGUGACCGACAUGGUAUGUUAAAAUCCUACUACGGAAUGGAGAAAGGCGCCAUGAAGGAAGCAGGAGCUCAGGAGGGAGUAGACAUCAACGGACUCUACUUCAAACCUGACCUCUACAUAGAAAAAUUGCUCAAGGAAAAGUCCCUUACUGAGUUGAUGGACAAGGAGUCAGAGAUGGUCAAACAGAUACGCUCGCUAGACAGCGACAUGCAGACCCUUGUCUAUGAGAAUUACAACAAAUUCAUCAGCGCGACCGACACCAUUAGAAAGAUGAAGAAUGACUUUAAGCGGAUGGAAGAUGAGAUGGACCGGCUAGCGACGAAUAUGGAAGCCAUCACAGAGUUUAGCGGGCACAUCAGCGGCACGCUGCAGGACAGGCGCCAGCAAAUUCAGAAGCUUGCCGGCGUCCACGCUCUGCUGAAAAAGCUGCAGUUUCUCUUCGAACUGCCUGCUAGGUUGAAGAAGUGCAUCGAAAUGGAGUCGUAUGCUCAGGCUGUUAGAUAUUAUAUGAAGGCGCAGAAGGUUUUGCUUCAGUACCAGCACAUGCCAUCAUUCCAGGGAAUCCAGGAAGACAGCGAUGCUAUUGUGAAAGAGUUGAAAACCAAACUCCGCCAAUGCUUCCGCAACAAAAAUUCUAGUCAACAAGAGUUGUCAGAGUGUGUGGAUCUGCUGCUGCAACUCAAUGAGCCUGCAGGUGAACUCUGUGAUGAUUACCUGGCACAUUCCAAACAGAUGUUAGAUGAAUACCUGUCACAGCUUGAGUACCAGGUGAAGCUGAAUUCAGGUGAGGAACGACUCAAACUCCCCAGCGAGCUAGACAGGCCAGCAGAGGCCUACAUGAAUCCACCGAUGGAUAUUUUGGAGUUUGUUGACUGUGGCAGCAAUGUUUUUAUCGGUAACAUCUGUCUAGUGAUAGCCUCAUAUACGGACAUGUUUAUCAACAGAACGACUAGAGACGAAGAUUGGGAUGCCACAAACGAGAUAGCUCAUAAGAAGUUGGUAAACUUUGUCAUGACUUUGAUGGACCAGUACUUUUCUUACGUGGAAAAGAGGAUGCAGCUAGAGAAAGAGACGGGCGAUAAUACAAUCCUGGUGAGAGCAUUGGAUCGCUUUCACAGGCGAUUACAGGCCAUGAACAGUUUGUUGCCAGACACGGAUUUUGCAAGGAUUGGAACAGACAUUGUGUCGCGGGUUGCCCACGGUCGUGUGAUGCAUUAUCUGCAGGCACUAAAGCAGCAUUUUUCCGAUUGCUUGACAGAUAUCCGACAAAGUUUGGCCGCACCUCGGAUAGUUGGUAAACCAGAGGGUGCUGGCAGCAACAACCUCAGCGAACUGCUAAUGUCUGCUGAAGUAGCUGUAGUCGAUCAGAUCAAGUCAGUGCUGUCUAAUCUUCAAGCAUUUAUCGCAUUGGAUAUCACGUUUGCUAUGAAGCCAUACUUCAGGAAUGAGUUCUGUACAGUGGAAGUCAGAGAGGGCCUAAUGGUUGCCUUUCUUCAACACAUUCAUCACACUGCAAUGGAAUUUUGUGACAGCAUGAGUGACCGUGGCUCGGCACCUCCCACACUGCUACUGCUGUUGUCCAGACUGUGUAUAGACUUUGAGAAUGGCACCAUUAGCUACCUAGUAAAUCUGGUGGAUGAUCAGUUCAUGCUGGCGAGCAAUCAACAGGUGACAUCCAUAACGAGUCUCUGUCACACAUUCAAAGAGACUGCACAGAAGCUGCUGAAUCACUACGUCAGCAUGCAGGGCCUCAUCAUCUCUCAGAUGCUGAGGAAGAGUGUGGAGACGCGAGACUGGUUGAAUACGAUCGAGCCACGCAAUGUGCGCGCGGUCAUGAAGAGGGUGGUGGAGGAUAUCACUGCCAUCGACACGCAGGUGGGGCAACUCUAUGAGGAGGGUGUGCGCAAGGAGAGGAGUAGCGAUUCGAGCAGGCGCACCUUUGGUAACUUCAGCAUGUCACGCCAGCAGCAGCGCUCCCAGUGGGGGCGCUACACUCCAAGUACCAUAGAUAACAGCCUGAUGAGCAAUAUACAAAAGCUGUUCUCAGAGAAGAUAGAAAUAUUCAGCACGGUGGAGUUCUCUAAGGUGUCAGUCCUCACUGGCAUCAUCAAAAUUAGCUUAAAGACGUUCAUGGAGUGUGUGAGACUGCGCACGUUCGGCCGCUACGGGCUGCAGCAGCUGCAGGUCGACACGCAUUAUUUGCAGCUGUAUCUGUGGAGAUUCGUCACCGACGAGAAUUUGGUUCACUUCCUUCUGGAUGAGAUAGUGAGCAGCGCUGUGCAUCGGUGCCUAAAUGCCGUUAUGAUGGAGUCCAGCGUGGUAGAUUUGAUCUGUGACAGAGGCUGACAUGAGUGUACUACGUCAACAUAACUUGUAUAACUUAUUUAAAAUUAUUAAUAACACUGCGAUGGUCAGAGAGAGAGGGUCAAAGAAAAUCUGCUUGUGGUCCAAUUUUCUUCACACACCAACAUUUGUUGUGAAUGUGUAUAAGAUAUACUGAGUUUUCCCCAUAUCAUAUGAUAAUUAUGGUCCUAGUAAAAUUAUGCUAAUAUGAUUCGUGAACCACCAACUUUACUUGCUUGCUCAGCUUAUCAUAACAAUGCAUGACAAUUAAAUAAUGGUUAUGAAGAAUGGAGCAAGCUCCUGAAGAAUCCUGUUCUAGUGCUUUUCAUGUAAUGGUUAUGGACUGAUGAAAUUUCACACAUAAUAUGCUAAUCUAAAUAUAUGAUAUAUAGACUUCUUA